AUGUGGUACCAAACUAACCCCGUCACGAGGGGCGUCGCAUCUCGCCACAAUGCGCCUCAGCUGAGCGGCCACGGCGGCCUCGAUGCGACCAGAACGCUCAUGGUUCGGCUGGGCAAAGGGGUUUUGCAACCAAGCUUUCUUGAAUACGACAUUCCCGCAGUCAGCGAGCUCCCCUCCUAUGCUGCUGCGGGUGCAUUUGCCUGCUCGCUGCGGGCGCCCAUCGCGGAAUGUCUCAGGUUUUCGCUCGGCGACCAAGCUUUUGUGGCAGCCACUCUUCGUGCCUCCUCGGCCGCAGAAUCGGCGGAAGCUCCGGGGUUUCCAACCGGGGCAUCCUUGGUUGGCCGACCACAUCUUCGAAGGAUAUCCGACUUCAGAGCUCCGGCUGGCGCAACUCUGGUACACAUUCCAGCCCGCGCCGGUGCGACGGGGAUCGCAACUACAGCUUCCCUCUACCCCUCCAUCCAGCCCCCGUCUCGGCCAACGGGCAACAUGGGCAGCAUCGAUCGGCAGGACGACCGCUUCUUGUGUCGGGAUAACGGGUUUAGUCCGCUGCCGCAAAACGCCCGGGAUGCCGACAGCUCCCUGGCCAACGUGUGA